CUCUCCUCUCUGCUUCUGGUUCUGUUUGUCCAUUAUUUUGGCAGUCUCUUCAAAAAAAGUGUACUAAAGCAGGCAUGGCCCAUUGUCAGGGCUCUACUUUACACUACACCACCACAACCCGCACCGUCAUUUUCCCAGAAUAAACUCCUAUCACUCCAACCCCAUACCCAUUACACCUUCACCCCCAGCCCCUCCCCCCAUUUCUCUCUCUCAUGAUUUGACCCACAGAGGCUCCAAUGAAUGGUGGACACUAGGCAGCGCAAGUGGAGAUGGGUUCGAGCUCUUCUCCCUCUGAUUCACUCAACGGCCUGAAAUUCGGCCAGAAAAUCUACUUUGAGGAUGGGGGUUUCGGAGCUCCGGCCAAAUCCGGCGGUGGGUCGUCGUCGUCUUCGGCCGGCGGCGGCGCCGGCGGCGCCGGGAAGCCGUCGCCGCCGAAGAAGGGGAGGAGUGGGGUUGUUCAGGCUAGGUGUCAGGUGGAAGGGUGUAAAGUAGAUCUGAGUGAUGCCAAAGCUUAUUAUUCUAGGCACAAAGUGUGUGGUAUGCAUUCAAAGUCACCUGUGGUCACUGUUGCUGGUCUUGAGCAGAGGUUUUGCCAGCAGUGCAGCAGGUUUCAUCAACUUCCUGAAUUCGACCAAGUGAAACGAAGUUGCCGUAGACGCCUGGCAGGCCAUAAUGAGCGUAGGAGGAAGCCGCCACCUGGAUCUCUAAUAUCAUCUCAAUAUGGACGGCUUCCUUCAUCUGUCUUCGAAACCAGCAAAGGUGGAGGCUUUGUGAUGGACUUCUCAACCUUCCCAAGGUUCACCGGGCGCGACUCAUGGCCAACCACAAGAGCAUCAUCAGACCAGGUUUCCAGCAGUCAAUCGACUCACACAGGAAAGUUCUUUCCGAACCCGUGGCCUAAUCAACCAGAAAAUGCACCUCCGUCCAACCUCUUUCUGCAAGGUUCAACAAGUGGGACCCACUACUCUAGCCCCACUAUUCCUUCGGGAGAAUGUUUUGCCGGAGCUUCUGACUCCGGCUGUGCUCUCUCUCUUCUGUCAAAUCAACCCUGGGGCCCACGAGCCCGAUCCACAGGUCUUGGGGUUAAUCCCUUCCCCCUAAAUGCUGCCAGUGAUGCACCCAUGGUUCAGUCAGCUUCUACUCAUGGUUCAGCCGUCAACCACUUUUCUAGCACCCCAUGGGGCUUCAAGGGAAAUGAUGUUGGUUCCGGUUCACAGCACAUGGCUCCUGAUCUGGGUCUGAGUCACAUUUCGCAACCUGGUAACAAUCCUUACUCCGGCGAGUUCGAGUCCCCUCAGCAGAGUGGAAGGCAAUAUGCCAUGGAACUUGAGCAUUCACGCGGGGCUUAUGGCUCUUCCACUCAGCACAUGCACUGGUCACUUUAAGUUUCAGAUUCGCUUUCAUUUCUUAAAACCAAUUAUCGGACAAUGGUUGUUUGUGUGUGUUUGUUUGUUGCGUAAACCCUUGGAUCACUUUGAAUUCGUGUUUUAUGCUUUCGAAACCUGAAACUUAUUUGCUGCUCGUUUGUGUUAUUUGUUGGGUGGAUGACUCUGAAUUUGUUUCCUGCUAUUUGUGUGAAACCGAAAGUUGAUUUGCUGCU